AUGGAAAAUCUAGCUCAAGUCAACAAACGUGACGUUGCUCCUCCUGCUGCUCCUGUCAGUAGGCCUCGUCCGCUGCUCGCAGGAAUUGUAGAGCGAUUUCAUCCUAGAAGACUCAUUGCGCCCAUCAGGAGAAUUCAAAGGGACGCGCAGCUUCAAGUAGAGGCACACAACAGAAUGGUAAACAAUCCCGCGGAAAUGAACGCCAACGCCAGGGCAGGUAACGUGCCCAACAACCACCAAAUAUUUCCAAACAUCAUCGACUUGACCGGGGACGAAAAUGGCAUGAUCGGCAAUGAGAAUGACAUUGUCGACCUUGACUCCCCAGAUAGCGAGAAUGGCGGACGUCGAAAAUCGCCGAGGAAAGCAGAUGUUGGCCAGCCUUCUGGGCCUCGAAAUGAUCGCUUCAAUGUUUCACCUGGCCCAGUUCUUGCUUCCCCAGCAGCAUCCAUGGGCUCCGCGGAUGAGUUUGGUAUGGCGCCAUUCCAACCAGGCUGGGAAGGUAACUUUAUACACGACGAUGCCUUUGAUGACCCGGCGAUGGCACAGGCGAUGAUGGAUGAUAUUGCUGCGGGAACAAAGACUCAUGGUUUCCAGGAAGGAUGGAUGCAAUCUGGCGGACGUGCCGAUGACUUUGGAGAAGGGCCUUCCAACUUGCCAAUGGGGGACAGUGGGAUUGAAUCACGGACCAAUGUCAUGGUGACACUGCUUUCUUUCUUUCCUGGCAUCUGUCAAGAUUAUAUCUCGGAGCUGUACGAAUCAAUUGCGCCAUCAUCUGAACGAAUCAUUGCUCACAUUCUUGAUCAAACCGAGAAGGGUAAGCCCUUUCCCAAAUCAAAGGACAAGCAAAAGAACCUCAAGCGCAAGAGAGAUGUCGAGGUCGAGGCCGACGACGAGGCCAAAGCUAUGGCAAAAUACGCGGCUGCUGAUCGCGCCCCUCCUGCUCUGUUUGGACGUGCAAGAGGCUACACGAGGAAAAUCCUAGCGGCCGAGUUUGGGCAUACACCUAUGAGCUUUAUUGAUAAGGUACUUUCAACCAACAGAAAUCACCUUUUCCCAUCCUAUGCGGAACUCCUGAAGGCCGAAACCAACACCGAUGACCAAAAGCCGGCGUACGAAAAAUUAAGAUAUCGUCGGAUUAUGCCGAAGGAAUGGGAAGACCAGGAGAUCCAAACGUACAUCAACGCUGUUACAUCAGAAGCGGCGAUGGUCGAACUUUACCGUGAACUGCAGGCAGCUCGAAAAGUCAGAGCCAUGGCCGAGUUCAAAAGGGUAGCAGAACGAGAACUUGUACUUGCCGAAGAAGCAAACGAGCUGAGGGCAAGAGAGGACGGUACCAUGCUGGAAUGUGGGACCUGCUGUGCAGAUUAUCCUAUGAACAGAAUGGUUCAUUGUAAUGCAGAGGCUCUGCAUUGGUUUUGCAAGGCAUGUGCGUUAAAAACGGCUGAAACUCAAAUCGGCAUGUCAAAAUACGAGCUUUGCUGCAUGUCAACAGAUAAUUGCGAGGGGGGUUUUUCAAAAUCUGAGAAAGAAAAAUAUCUUGAUGAGAAAACAAUCGUUGCGCUGGACCGAAUCGAGCAAGAGGCUGUUUUGCGAAUGGCUGGUAUUGAGAAUCUAGUUAACUGUCCUUUCUGUCCAUUCGCAGCCGAAAUGCCACCCGUAGAGAUAAACAAGGAAUUCGAUUGUCACGCUCCGGAGUGCGGGAAGAUCAGUUGUCGGCUUUGCAAGCUAGAAUCGCAUAUUCCAAAAAGUUGCGAAGAACAUGCCAAAGAGACUGGCAUGUCUGUCCGUCGCGAGGUCGAGGAAGCCAUGUCGGCGGCGAUCAUUAGAAAAUGUAACAAAUGUGGCACUCCAUUUCUCAAGGAAGAAGGCUGCAAUAAAAUGACAUGCACCAGAAACGGAUGUGGGAACGUGCAAUGUUACAUCUGUUCGAAAUCUUGCACUUAUAAUCAUUUCAAUGAUAAAAGUCGCGGUGGAAAAGACGGAAACUGCCCUCUGUUCGACAGCGCGAACCAGCGGCACGAGAGGGAAAUUCAAGAGGCGGAGAAAGCUGCUCUUGAUAGGAUCCGACAAGAGCAUCCGGAAUUGACGGAGAGUGACUUGAAGAUCAAGGUGUCACAAGCGGUUCUGCAAGAUGAAGAAAUAAGGAGAAGUAGGGAACCCAGGUAUCGCCCUGCAGAGCAUCGUCCUGUGGAAGGACAACCAAAUCGACUCGAAAUCGAGUUACUAAUGGAACUUGGUAAUCCUCGCCAAGGGCACCACUGGGCUGUCAACAAUGUGCCAGACGAGAAUGAUCUGCCUGCUCGGCCACCUGCGCCGAAUAAUCUCGAUAAUGAAGGUUAUGGUGUUCAUCGAACUAUGCGUGAACGCCUUGCUGCUUUACGGCGUAACGCUGCUCCGAAUCAAUUUCGCAUAGGUAGACUUGAUAGAAAAGGCUUAGGGGGUAAUGACCUCCAAGACAAUUUACCUGACGAUCUACGUCCUCGAGACGCCCUAGGAGAAUUCGAACGAUACCUAUUCCGCACCGGACUCAACUCACCAUUCGAGGGUCCCGCAGCAGCAGCAGUCCUUCCCGCUGGCCCCUCUCCAGAUAACCUCAGAGACGUUUACAGGCAAUGUCACAUAGCCGGACCCGGCGGCCCUGCUUGGCCUGCGACGGCAAGGCCUCAGCCAGUUGACGUCCGUCCUCGAAUCCAAGUCCCGCGCGAGCUCGAAGACCGCAUUCUCCGGUUCUUACGUGACCAGAAGAUAUUUGAAGACCAUGGGAAGCCAAAUGAUAAACGAGCGCUUGGGCAUCUGGAACGGGCUUGUAAUCUAAUUAAAGCGAAGCUUGAGGCUCUUCGUGCUGAAGCGGAAACGGCGAGAAUUGCGAAGAUGGAGGGGGAGGGGGAUGCUCAUGAAGAGCGAGUUGCGGGGAAGGGAAAGGCUGCAAAUGUAGGGUUGGGAGGUCUCCUCGCGGGCCGCAUGGGACAGGGAGAAGGUUCUGGUCUUGGGAAGGAGAAGGAUGAUGGAUCGCUGAGAGGGGAUGCUAAUGCAGCACCAAAUAUCCUUCAAGCCUGCAUUCAAGAAGCAUCGAGAGUGAGAGAUGAAGAAGAUCAGCACCAAAGAGAGUUUUUGAGAGUUCAAGAGCUAGGGGCGCGGGACGAACUGGUCAGGCAGCGAAUCUUCCAAGCUGCUAUCGAUGAUGCGAGGGAGGCCGAACAACACUUUCGUGAACCACAGGAUAACUUUGAAGGCAGACUUCAGAGGCUGAGGGAUGCGCAACAGAGACAUUUGAUUCAGGCUGAGGCGGCCCGUGUUCUUUAUGGAGGAGGGCAUGUCAAUCCGGCGGUCUUGGGGAUGCUAGAUGGGCCACCGCGAAUGGGGGAGCGUGCUAGACAUACGGUGUUUGCGAGGCCUGAUGGGCCUAUAUUGCUAAAUAUGAACAAACCCGUUCCACCUCCUGCACCGAAACCUCAGUUCGCUGCGCCUAGCGUUAUAGAUCCUCCGCCACCGUAUGCUGAGGUACCAGAACAGAUGGGUGGACCAGUCCAACAGCCUUCUCAUAAUAACCACGGCAGUUAUAUUUUAGAGAGGAUGGCUAUGGCGGAUAGACAGAGGGCGGUGGAGCAUCUUGCGCAGAUUGAGAGACAGAGACAGGAGGCAGGGAGAGUUGCUUCAGAGAGACAGGGACAGAGGGAUGGGGGAGAUACGGGGGAGGGACGGAGUGGUGCUUCGGAGAGACAGAGGGAGCACGCGGAGAGACCUACUGGAUUCGUAUUAUGGCAGCAGUGGGAGCAGAGACAGAGGGAGGAGAGAGAAAGGCAGGAGGAACAGAGAAUCCAUUUGGGUGAACAUAUUGAUGCUGAACGUGAUCGUGCUCUGGACAGGGCGGAAGCAUGGGAGAGAGUUAGGGUGUUGAGAAGAGAGAGAGAGGAGAGAGUGAGGGCACAGAACGAGGAGAGGCAGAGAAUUGCGGCUGUUGAGAGCGAUCGAGUUGAUCGUGAGGUUCGAGUUGGACAGAACAGGGUUUUUGGUGAUAGGGGGGAGGGGGAGCGUGACCGUGGUAUGAACGGUUCUGCUAUGAACAGACCUAGCAGCACAUCCAAUCCUCCCAACCUUAACGCUGCCACGCCCAACGCCGCCAGCAGCUCCAGCACCACAGCUCGCUCAAUCCCCGGUUUCCAACUCACCAUGACGCGGACACGCACCGUUAUACAGAAUCAAGCCGAGUCAUCCCGUGUACAAAGAGUCGAGGGGCCUUCAACACCCGGCCCUUCUAUGCUAACUGCAGGCUUAGCCGCUGCUGCUAUGAAUCGUCCUGGUAGUAUGUCCGGCCCAUCAGCUUCUGCUAUGAGCCGUCCUGUCAGCAUUUCUGGUCCUUCUCCUAUAAACGGUCCUUCCACACCCAACGCCGCCAGCAACACCAGAACCACAACCACUACUCAAUCCAUCCCAGGUUUCCAACUCACCAUGACGCGCUCAUCCACCCGUAUACAAAAUGACCCUUCUCGUGCACAAAGAGAAGCAGCAGCGCGUAUACAGAGAGAAGAAACAGCUCGCGCCCAAAGAGAAGAAGCAGCGCGUAUCCAAAGACAAACAGAUGAGAGAUCAAGGGAGAUAGAGAGAGUGAGGGCCGCGGACGCAGCUCGUGUACAGAGAGAGCAGGCUGCUCGGUCUCAGAGGGAACAGGCGGCUGCUCGUGUGGUUAGGGAAGCUCGAGUUGCGAGACGCGAGGUUGGGAGGGGGUUUGGGGGGUUUGGGGGUGGAAGGUGCGCUUGA